CUAAAGAACAGAAUACAGAAAUCAAAAUUUAAAUCAUUCCCAUGUUUUGCAAUGCAAUUUACUAUGACAUUGGACAAUUAUCUGCAUUACAGUCACAUAUUUCACACCCAAUUCACCACUCCCUUCUUAUUAAAAUUUGUAAUUUCCCCAGCCAAUUGCAGUCACAUUUAUCCACAAACAUACAUACCAUUACAACCAACCACAACAACAACAACACAAAUGCAAUAUUUUAUCUAUUUGAAAAAAUAAAUCUCGAAAACAAAUUAACUUACUGUAUAAUCAAAUUCAAUCAAUAUAAACUUUGAUUGUUAUACUCUACAAAACCUGUUAGACAUAAUAAUAUAUAAACCAAAAACAAAAUCGAAUGUAUUAUGAAAUAAAAUUAUCUCCAUAUAUAUGCUUUAGUAAAAACUAGAAGGAAUUGUAGUUUUCAUUUUGAUUUGAAGAGGAAAAGGUCUCCACUAUUUGUUAACGAAGAAAUGUUGGGCUUACUACACAAACCAAAAAUCCAAACAAUUAUACGUUUUGUUGUGGAUUUUGCCAGCCGAAAUCCCAUGCAUGGUAUGGGUUAUUUGGCAAAAACCAAUAUACAUUGGUGUGAAUUCAUAUAUUGGUUGGUGAUAAUUUUUUAUAUGCUCUUCUACAGUGUUAUAUGUGGUUUAAGAUUAGUACAACACUAUCGAUCUCGUAACUCCGCUAUAACCUACAAUGUUGAUUAUAUGCAAUUAAAUACCCUAUAUCCAUCUGUGACAUUAUGUCCCCGGGAAAUACUGGAUGUGGAAAAGGCCAAACACUUUGUAAGGAGCAUCAAAAAUUUAACUGACAACGAUGAAUUUGAAAAUAUGGUCGAAUUUCUUCAAAAGUUAUCAAUUGUGAGUGGAAGACGAGCUGAAUACUUUAGGACAUCAUAUGACAACAUACAACCCAAAGAUUAUAUGGAACUUGUUUUUAACUUAUCACACAUCUACAGCGUUACUCAUAAUGAUACGCCUGCUGUUAAAGUAAUGACAGAUCGGGGCAUUUGUUACACGUUUAGGAAUUUGCUAUACCGAGAAGUGAAUACGAAAUAUUGGUUUGAUCCCCAUGCCCGCUAUAUUAACCAUUCUUUCUAUAAAUUUCCAUACACCUUCAACUUUAGUGAUAGUUUUCCCAUUCGUAUAAAAAUUAAACACAACAUACAGGGACCGAUAGACAUUUUUGUACAUUCGCCAUAUGAAUUGCCCACAACAUGGACACGACCAAAUGCAAUUGUUAAUGAUAUGGGAACAGGAACCAAGUUGGUGGUUGGCAUUAAGGAUAUUAAAUUUCAGGAAAAUCUAUUGAGCGAAACAGCAUUGGAUGAAAGACGUUGCCAUAGCAUGGCGCCUUCAAAUCUCUCAAUGUUUCCCACAACUUAUUCUCAAAAUCUAUGUUUGAUGGAAUGUCGAUUGAAUUUCAUUAUUAAGAAAUGUCGAUGCAUACCACAUUUCUAUUUUAAUCGUAACAUAGCACGGUCUGCAAUAGCUAAAAUAUCUAUCUGCAAUGUAACGGGUUUAAAUUGUAUCUAUAGGUUUGCAAGGCAAAUUCGUAAGAUAUACUCAAAUUCAAAAACAUUGCCAUCGACGGCGAAAUGUCAAUGUUAUCCCAAUUGUAUCAAUCAGAUUGUUGUGACAGAGGUGUCGAGCUUCCCUUUGAAUACAAAUAAAUUUGGCUUAAUUGUGUUUGCCAUUGAUUAUCCACCGUUGGAGUCCUUUGAAAGAAGUGUAAUGUACUCAAAACUUGACUAUGCGGGUAAGUAA